AUGACUUUGUGCUUUGAUGGAAAGCGCAAAUUAUCCUUUCGUUCUGAUCGUGUUAAAUGUGUGGAUAUUCAUUCAAAUGAACUAUGGAUCUUAGCAACACUUUACAAUGGUCAUGCACAUAUCUACAAUUAUGAUACUCAACAAUUAAUAAAAACAUUCGAAAUAUGUGAUGUACCUGUCCGUACCGAUGAUAUGACGAUUAAAUUAUGGGAUUGGGACGCUCAAUGGGCAUUGAAACAAACUUUUGAAGGACACACCCAUUAUGUUAUGCAAAUAGCAAUCAAUCCAAAGGAUGAUAAUAGUUUUGCUUCUGCUUCUCUUGAUCGCACCGUCAAGGUUUGGCAGUUAGAAUCUACUCAACCGACUUUUACUUUGGAAGGCCAUGAAAAAGGUGUUAAUUGUGUGAAUUAUUGUUCGGAUUGUGAUAAACCAUAUGUAGUUUCCGGUGGUGAUGAUCAUCUAGUUAAAAUCUGGGAUUAUCAAAACCAAGUUUGCGUAAAAACAUUAGAAGGGCAUUCACAAAAUGUUGGUUGUGUGGCUUUUCAUCCUGAAUUACCAAUUAUUUUGAGUGGUUCUGAAGAUGGAACAGUCAAAUUAUGGCGUUCGGAUAGUUAUUGUCUCGAAUCAACAUUGAACUUUGGUCUUGGAAGAUGUUGGACGAUAUCAUGUUUGAAAGGCUCGAAUAAUGUAGCUGUUGGUUAUGAUGAAGGAACAUUGAUGAUUAAGGAUAAAGGAACCAUCGACUGGUUCGUUAGCCAAGAUGUGGCAGAUCCAACCAAGUUUGCCAUCGUAGAGCGGUAUGAGCAGCAGAGUGAUCUGCAGACUCAUAUCAACAAUCCAUACUAUAAACUGUUCGGUGCAUAUGUGAAACCACUUUUAUCGAAACCCUUGGAACUUCACAGCGUUGAAGAAUUGGAUACGUCAAAAGAAGUUGAGGUUCCUCCACAAACAUGGUCGGAUGAAGCAGACAACUAA